AUGAUCGAGACAGGGGAAAUAGUGAUUAGAGAAGGGCCAGAACAAGGACCAAAUGUGGAUAAGAACCCCCUGCCAGAGUACGAUAACACCCUUGGGGUUAUUAUGGACAAUACGGAAUUCAAGGAGCCUGCUAAAAACUCAUCAAGUGAGGCUGAAGUGUUUGGAAAUGACGCAGAAUUUCCCGAUAUCCCUAAGGGAUCAAUUUCCAAUUGGACAGCCGAAUUUCUACCCAUUCAAAAGGAGUUUCGAUAUUUAGCUGUUUUUGUCUAUAUAGAGCUGGUCACAUCAAACACAAGCUCAGGCGAUGUUAUAGCUCGUCGGCCAAGAGGCCGGCCGCCUAGCUCCAAAAACAAGCCUAAACUCCCGGUGAUAAUCACUCAAGAGAGCGCCAACACGCUCCCAGCACAUAUAUUAGAGGUCAAUAGCGGCUGUGAUGUGUUUGAAUUAGUUGCAACAUAUGUUAGAAAAAGGCAAAGAGGUAUUUGCAUAUUGAGUAGUAGUGGCACGGUCAACAAUGUGAGCUUGAGGCAACCGGCUGCUGCCGGCUCAAUCAUGACGUUACAUGGCUGGUUCGAGAUUUUAUCAUUGUCAGGCUCCUUCCUUCCACCAUCAGCUCCACCGGGUGCCACCAAUUUGACCAUAUAUUUGGCUGGUGGAUACGGUCAAGUUGUUGGAGGAAAUGUUGUGGGAGCUUUGAUUGCUUUUGGACCUGUGAUUGUUAUUGCUGCUUCUUUCACUAACGUAGCAUAUGAAAGACUGUCUUUGGAUGAAGAUGAUCACUCACUUCAGGCAGUGGCAGUAGUGGUGCUGUUGCUGCUGGCUCAAAUAAUAAAUUUUCUGAUCCAUCUUUAAGGCUUCCCUUAUUCUAAAUUAGUUUGUAAUUUGUAGACACUUUUGGUGUGGAUUGUUUGGAUGAUGUACUUUUGCUCAAGUUUGGAUGAUUGUAUUGCUUCUUUUAUAUUAUUGUACUAGCUACGUUACAAUCCUUCAAAAUUUAGGAUUGGAGAUGCUUGUGUGGCAGGAUGAAAUGUGGUUUCUGCCGUCAUAUGAUAUACAGCAGGAAUUUGGAACACUUUAAUUUGGAUGCUACACCGACAAGUAGAAAAUGUCAUAAAAGCUUGAUCUAGU